GGCGGCUACGGGUCGUUCUUUGGAUCAAGCGACUUCACAUUCGUUGUCGUCUUUUUCCCCCCCUCCUCCCUUAUUCCGGGGGCGGCCUUCUUGGCCCGGGGGUGGCCAUGCCUCGCUAUGCCCAGCUGGUGAUGGGGCCUGCGGGGAGCGGGAAGAGCACCUAUUGCUCCAUCAUGGUCCAGCACUGCGAAGCCCUCAACCGUUCUGUGCAGGUUGUGAACCUCGAUCCAGCAGCAGAACACUUCAACUACGAUGUCAUGGCAGAUAUCCGAGAGUUGAUUGAAGUGGACGAUGUCAUGGAAGAUGAUUCCCUCCGGUUCGGCCCCAACGGCGGCUUAGUUUUUUGCAUGGAAUAUUUUGCGAACAAUUUUGAUUGGCUGGAAGAAUGCCUUGGUCACGUAGAAGACGAUUACAUCCUGUUCGAUUGCCCAGGUCAGAUUGAACUCUACACUCACUUGCCUGUGAUGAAACAAUUUGUAGAGAAGCUGCAACAGUGGGAAUUUCACGUCUGUGGUGUUUUCCUUGUCGAUUCUCAAUUCAUGGUGGAAUCUUUUAAGUUUAUUUCCGGUGCGAUGGCAGCUCUCAGUGCCAUGGUUUCCUUAGAGAUUCCCCAGGUUAAUGUCAUGUCCAAGAUGGAUUUGCUGAGCAAGAAAGCGAAAAACGAGAUCGAAAAAUAUCUGGAUCCAGACAUGUACUCUUCCCUGGAUGAUUCGACAGACUUGCUCAAAAGCAGGCGGUUUAAGAAAUUAACCAAAGCUAUCUGUGGCUUGAUCGAUGAUUACAGCAUGGUUCGCUUCCUGCCGCUCGAUCGCUCCGACGAGGAGAGCGUCAGCAUCGUCCUGCAACAUAUUGAUUUCGCCAUUCAGUACGGGGAAGACCUGGAAUUUAAGGAGCCAAAGGAAACAGAGGAAGACAAAUCUUCAGCUUUUGAUGAAUUCUUCCAGGAUCGAGUGGAUGAAUGAAAGGUUUCGAUUUCCUUCAAACGCACCGAAAAAGGUGUUGCGUUUCUCCACGCUGCAUUUCAAAACUCACAAACUGUUGGAAGCAAUCGAAGAACGGGGCUCUUUGCCCACAAGGGGUUUAACGUGUAAAAAUGGAUCGCGCCACAGAGUUUUAUUUUUGGAAGGUGUUAAGUAUGCAUUAUAAGAAAUAAA